AUGGAUCGUCUUUUAACACAUGUUCGUUCUCGAUCAUCGAUAUUCUUCUUUCCAAAUCGUACUUUAUCGUCAUUUAAACCAAAUUCAUUCGAAUUAAAAUCACGUGUUUUAUUAAAUCUUAUUAAUAAAUCCAAUUCACCAAAACAAAAUUCAUCCAUUCCAUUAAUAGAUUUUGAUACAACAAAUGAACUUACUUCAAUAUUUCCAUUACCAGGACAGAUUGGAUUUGGUUAUGAAACAAAACCUUUACUUAAACUUGACUUAAAUCGUUACAAAAAAACUCAUGAAGAAAAAGAUCCCCUAGAGCAAUUUAAAAUAUCCUCAUUACCAACAAAAAAUAACGAAGAAUUUUUAUCAAAAUUAAAAAAUAAUAAAAAUUUAGAAAUUCGUACAUAUGGUUGUACACCAUCAAUACGUUCUGAAUUUCAUGAAUUAUUUCUAAAUUAUAAUGUUUCAUCACAACCAUUAACAGCUAUAACAAUAUUAUUUAAAACAAAAACUGAUAUGUCAACAUGGUCUACAGCUGUUGAUAAUGAACGAAAUCAAUUAAUAGAACAAUUUACUAAAUUAGCUCAUGAAAUAUGUACUUAUUUAGGUACAAAACAAUAUUGGGCAGAUUUUAUUGAUCCAUCUAAUGGAAAACCUUAUUAUGGACCACCAACAUCAGAUGUAUUAUUUGAAACUGACGAACGUUAUCAACAUUUUGGAAUUAAUACUAUCGAUUUAGGUUGUUGUCGAAUUAUUCAACAUUUACAACAUGGUACUCAUGUUUUUCUUGGUUGUAUAUUUACAAGUGCACCAAAGACAGAUUCAAAUAUUCAGAAGCUUCUUAAAGAAUUCGAGACUUCUACUUGUUAA